AUGGGUGCCUCGAAGGAAACCAGGAUCGUCAUCCUUCUUGUGAUUGACACAGUCUUCUGCUUGAUUGAAGCAAUCACUGGUUAUGCCGUCCACUCUCUUGCCCUUGUGGCUGACUCUUUCCACAUGUUGAACGAUAUCUUCUCGUUGGUGGUUGCGCUUUGGGCAGUUCGGGUUGCCAAAAACCGUGGUGCUGAUGCCAAAUACACUUAUGGCUGGCAAAGAGCUGAGAUCUUGGGGGCCUUGAUCAAUGCAGUUUUCUUGUUGGCGCUUUGUAUCACCAUCUUUAUUGAAGCUAUCCAAAGAUUCAUCACCCCAGAAGUCAUCACUAACCCACAAUUGAUCUUGUGGGUCGGGGUUGCUGGGCUCACUUCCAACUUUAUUGGAUUAUUCUUGUUCCACGAUAUUGGCCAUGGCGGUCACUCCCACUCGCACGGUGGCGAUCUGUUUGGUGAAAAUGAAGAAGAAGGCGCCGGGCACUACCAUGACCAUGCAGGGUACCACGACGAUGAAAGUCAUUCUCAUUCCCACGGUGGCCAUUAUGAUGAAGAAGCUGCGAUUCACACUAUUGAACCGGUAUUGCCAGAAGAUGUUGUUGCCCAUGAAUUACACAAGUCCCACAAUCAUGAAACUCAAAAGAAACUUAAGAAUGGUCAAGAUGGCCAUUCUCUCAAUAUGAGAGGGGUUUUCUUACAUGUCCUCGGUGAUGCUCUUGGUAAUAUUGGGGUUAUUGUUAGCGCUUUGCUUAUCUGGAAGACCGAUUACACUUGGAGAUUCUAUUUUGAUCCGGCAAUUUCCCUUUUUAUCACCGCGAUCAUCUUCUCCACCGCCUUGCCACUUUGUCGCUCAGCUUCCAAGAUUUUACUUCAAGCAACCCCUUCGACCAUCUCUGCUGAUCAUGUCCAAGAAGACGUGUUGGCGAUCCCUGGGGUGGUUGCGGUCCAUGAUCUUCAUAUUUGGAACUUGACCGAACAAAUUUCAAUCGCCUCCUUGCACGCUGAACUUAACGUUGCCCCAGAUUCAUUCACCAAAGUGGUUGAUGAUAUUCGUACAUGCUUACAUGCUUAUGGUGUUCAGUCAGUGACCGUCCAGCCAGAAUUUAUCGACCCUGCAAACAGUUCUAUCAGUGAUUCUCAAUCCAGUCACAAUAGCACCAAUGAGACUUAUGGUGCUAUCAGUAAUUGUACCUCCGGUUUCAAGAAAUGA